AUGUAUCAUCUCCUCAAAGGUUUACAUGAACAUUUGACAAGGAAAGAUGAGUACUCGGUAGUCAUCAUAGGUCUUGACAAUGCCGGAAAGACAACAAUGUUGGAGAAGAUCAAAACGCUUUACAAUGUGACGCCUGGUAUGCCACCGGAUAAGAUUGGACCUACAGUAGGACAGAAUAUCGGAAAGAUUUCUUUACCCUCCACUACACUCCAUUUCUUUGAUCUGGGAGGACAAAGAGAUAUACGAUCCAUCUGGCCGAAAUAUUAUGAUGAAUGUCAUGCUGUCGUUUUCGUUCUAGACGCUUGUGAUCAAGCUAGAUUAUCAGAAACUUGGGAAGUUUUCGACAAAGUCCUAAACUCUCCUAGACUAUUAAAUCUCCCCCUUUUACUCUUAGCGAACAAACAAGAUAAUUCAAAUUCAUUAUCCGUAGCUGAGAUAAGAGAAUCUUUCGAAGCUUGGCAACGUGCUCAUCCCCCAUCUCCAGAAGCAGGUCCAAGUUCAUCUCCUAGUGAAGGACACGGACGCUCUCCAUCUUUGAAUGGCGUGACGGGAAAAUGGGAUGAUGGGGGUGCUAAAGAUGAGAGAAUGGCAAGUUUGGAUGUCAUGGGAGUUUCAGCUUUGGAAGGGACAGGUGUAAGAGACGCCAUCAAUUGGUUGUAUAUCAGAGUUCAGAAUGCUCGAAAGAUGUCAGUGAUCUAA